UCUUGAUUCUUAUGGGGGCGCACUACGCCUCUAAACAGCUUACAUAUUUAGAGAGCAGCGGAAGGAAAGCCAAAAACCCAUUCAAAAAAACUCACAACGCAGCCUCUCUCUCUUCAGCACCAACUAUGAAUCCAUAAUAUUAGAUUAAUUAAACCUUAAUCCUCUCUUAACCCUCCCCAUAAUCUCCUCUUAAACCUACCUCCCUUUUUCUUUAACGUAAGAAGCGAAAUAAAUAAAAAAAUUCACAACCUCUCUCUCUGCAUUUUGCUUUAUUUAUUUAUUUUUGUUAAAAUGGUGGUUAUGUCGAUGGAGGAGGGUGGUAGUAAUGAGAGCUGCGGCAGCAGAGUGAACGAGAACGCGAACACGACAUUUUCUGAUUCGGUGUUACAAGGAAGGCAACAACAGCAAAGGAUGCAGCAGAAACUUGAGGUUUACAAUGCGAUUCUUCGUCGUCUUAAAGAAUCUAAUCACGAAGAAGCUAAUCUACCUGGUUUUGAUGAUCAACUCUGGACUCACUUCAACCGCCUCCCUACCAGAUAUGCCUUAGAUGUGAAUGUGGAAAGAGCAGAAGAUGUGUUAACGCAUAAGAGAUUGCUGCGUUUGGCUCACGAUCCUGCUAAUCGACCGGCGAUUGAAAUUCGCCUUGUACAGGUUCAUCCUACUUCCGAUGACAAUUCUGCUGACUCUAGCCUUCAAGACUCUCCUUGUAAGGAAGGAGCCCAAAGAAAGAUCAUGCAUCCACCUCCAGCCUUUGGCUCAUCACCUAAUCUUGAAGCACUGGCACUUGAGGCAAAUAAAUUUGAUGAUCAAGAUGGUGAUAAUUCUGUGUGUGCUGAUUCAAAGUUCUUCAGGCCCAUGCAUGAAAUUACUUUUUCAACUGAUGACAAGCGAAAACUUUUGAGUCAGCUGACUUCCUUACUUGCUGACAUUGGGUUGAACAUCCAAGAAGCGCACGCAUUUUCGACAGUUGAUGGCUACUCCUUAGAUGUAUUUGUUGUUGAUGGUUGGCCAUAUGAGGAAACGGAGCAGCUCAGAGAAGCGUUGGUAAAGGAAGUUUCCAAGAUUGAGGAUCACGAGCAAUUUAGGACUAAAUACGAUACUAAUCAUGUUGCAAUACCCAAUGACGGGACUGAUGUGUGGGAAAUUGAUCCUAAAUAUUUGAAGUUUGAGAACAAAGUUGCCUCUGGAUCAUAUGGUGAUCUGUACAAAGGUACAUACUGUAGUCAGGAAGUGGCUAUCAAAAUUCUCAAGCCUGAUUAUGACUGCGGAAACUGGGACCUAUAGAUGGAUGGCUCCUGAGGUACACCUUUGUUUUCAUUACACCUUAUUCUGAAAGUGAAAGUUCGGCAUAAGAAUGUCGUACAAUUUAUCGGUGCAUGCACCAAGCCUCCAAGUUUGUGCAUUGUAACAGAAUUCAUGUACGGAGGAAGUGUCUAUGACUACCUACACAAGCAGAGGGGUGUUUUUAAGCUGCCAAAUUUACUUAAAGUAGCAAUAGAUGUUUCUAAAGGAAUGGAUUACUUGCACCAAAAUAAUAUAAUUCAUAGGGAUUUGAAGGCUGCAAAUCUUCUCAUGGAUGAAAAUGAAGUAGUCAAGGUUGCUGAUUUUGGUGUUGCCAGAGUGAAAGCUCAGACUGGAAUUAUGACUGCGGAAACUGGGACCUAUAGAUGGAUGGCUCCUGAGGUCAUUGAGCACAAGCCGUAUGACCACAAGGCUGACGUAUUUAGUUUUGGGAUCGUGUUAUGGGAAUUGUUAACUGGAAAGAUUCCAUAUGAAUACUUGACCCCUUUACAAGCAGCUGUUGGAGUGGUUCAAAAGGGUCUACGGCCUACCAUACCCAAGAAUACUCAACCAAAGCUUGUCGAACUGCUAGAAAAAUGCUGGCAACAGGAUCCAACUCUAAGGCCUGACUUCUCGGAGAUUAUAGAGAUCCUGCAACAAAUAGCAAAAGAGGUUGGGGAUUAUGGUGAAUGGCGCAAGGAGAAGUCGCCUGGCCGAUUUCUAUCUGUGCUCAGGAGAAAGUAAAGGGAAGUCUUGCAGAUGCUCAUAACCUGAACAACAAGCUAAUCGAACCAGCCAUUUUCCAUCCUUCUCAUUACCAUUACUGUACACUAUUUUAUUUGUCAUCCUACCUACCACCUUACCUAUAUAUUUAAGCUGUGGAGAGUUGCAAUCUUUUGUCGCGCCUUUCUAAUGAGAUAUCAAUGUCUGCGUGACAAUCAUGUAACUCUAGCAGCUCCUC